ACAAUGAACAGUCCCAAUCCAUGUACUCUUAACGGUCUCCAUACUCCACUUCCUGUCUUGAUUUUUAUAAUAGCAGCUAUUCACGGUUGUUUGCAAGUCACAUUGCCCCUCACACUUUCUGUGCUCAGCUUGCUUUCUGUUAGUCUUUUAAAUCAAUAGUACCCUGUGUGCAAACAGUAUAACGGGGGGGAAAAAAUCUUAUCGAGCAGGCUCAGUGCUUUUCUUUUUUUUUUUUUUAACUUGUGUUGCUAUCAUUCUCAGAUAAAUACAGGAUAGAAUGUAAAAUCCUGAUCGAUCUGCUGUAGUGCUUUUUAUACUUUGUACUGCCUUCCCAUCCCACAUCUGGAGUUGAUUAAAUAAAUGACCCCCGCCCCCUCCCUGUCACUAUUGUUUGCCAAACGGAUGAUGUCAUACUCCACUGAGCUUGCGACCUCAUCUGAAGGGUAAAUCAUUAAGUCUCCCUGCUUUGGCGUCUGAUACCGUCCCGGGACACACCCUGCCUGCGAUGCAGCGCAAUGCGUGCAAAAGCCAGAGUGCUGACUCAGGGAAAGUGGUGUGAAAGCCCGGCGAAAGGGUGCAACGGGAAAACGGCCGGGUGAGAGGGGAGAGAAAGGUAACGGCGGCGGGUGGAGCAGUGUUCCACUUCCACCAGCAAAUUACGACCAACGGGUAGACCAAAGCUCAUUUGCAUGCGGUACAAUCAGAUGGAGGUCCGUCUACCGAGCUUGUCUCGGGUCGCUGUCUGCGGCGGUACCCAUGGCAACGAGCUCUCCGGGGUCUACUUGGUCAGGGAGCUGAUGAGGACAGCGACGGGCGCUGAGGCGGGAGGGGACGUGUCCGUGCGGGCGGUGCUGGCAAACCCGCGUGCCACCCGGCUGGGCCGACGAUACCUCGACACCGACCUGAACCGAUGCUUCACCCACGCCGCCCUCAACGGGCCCUUGUCCGAUGCGCCCCCCUACGAGAUGACCCGAGCCCGGGAACUGGACGCCCUGCUGGGGCCCAAAGGGAGUCCGCGAGCUGUGGAUCUCGUCUGCGACCUCCACAACAGCACGUCCAACAUGGGCCUGUGUGUCAUCGCUUUCUCCGACUGUGACUGGAUCUGCUUGCAUGUGUUCCGAUACCUGCAGCGGCAGAUGCCAGACAUACCAGUGAGGUACAUACAUUUGGACGUCCCCGACGAGGAGUCAUUUUCUCUUGAUUCAGUGGGAAAACAUGGUUUCGCUUUAGAGAUCGGUCCUCAGCCUCACGGAGUGGUGAGGUCCGACAUCUACACGGCCAUGAAAGACGGCCUGCAGCACACGCUCGAUUGGGUGCGGCUCUUCAACUCGGGCGCCGUUUUCGAGGGAGGGCCAGUAGACCUAUUCACCGCGGUUGGACAUGUCGACUAUCCAAGAGAAGCCGACACUCAAAACAUCAUGGCGGCGAUUCAUCCGAAACUUCAGGACCAAGACUUCUGCCUGCUGCGCCCCGAGGAGCCCAUGUUCCAGACGUUUUCGGGCCAAACGCUGCGCUACAAGGGCAGCGAACCUCUUUAUCCCUUCUUCAUCAACGAGUGCGCCUAUUAUGAGAAGGGCGUGGCGCUCUACCUGGCCAGGAAGAGGAGUGUUACCCUUCCUACGCUGCGGGUGCACAAAAAGGGGCAUCCGGCUAACUUUGUGUCAGUACAGGAGGAGGAAUGAGACCAAAAAAAAAACAAAACCCCACACCACCACUUAGGACAAUCAACACAAACGUAUGAAAAAAAAAAACGUUUUAUUUCAAAACGGCACAUGCACGCUUACAUAUCACACAUCAAGAGCAGGUCGCAUCCAUAUUGAACCAACAUUUGUCAUUGCCUAGAAUGUCAUUGAAAUCUAAGGAUUUUUAAAUGUCCAAAAAGCAGAACUUCACGACAGCCUGCAACUUUUAAAAAAAAUCGAGCAGCAGGUGUAGCGCCAUAUGGCUGUUAGGGUACAUUCAUUAAAAAAAAAAAAAAAUCUGCUUGCAGCAAUGUAUUUUAGUGUUGUUUCUACUCUUUGUUGGUGUGCAGAAAUAAUGGGGGAAGGGGUGGAACGAACAAAAAC